CUCGCGUGUAGUGUGUGUGUGUGUGUGUGUGUGUGUUGUGUGUACACACACACACACACACACAUAUAUAUGGAGCGAGAGAGAGAGAGAGAGUGUGUGUGUGUGUGUGUGUGUACACAUAUAACACACACACACACACACUACACGCGAGUCAGAAGGCUGGAUUUGCACACUGCUUUACUUGUACUGAUGGACCUACAGUAAAUCAGAUGGAGCAGUGCAGUCUUUGCGAGGGUUAUUCAGUAAUAUAGUGGUGUUUUGUUAAUGAUUAUGAUUAUGAAGCGUGUUAUUGAUGGAUCUCUCUACACUGCUCUAAGUCCAGCUCUUCCUACCACACUAAACUGGCAUGUAGAAAAGCGUUAAUAAGAGGAAACGCUGUAGCCACAAAUAAUAAUAGAUCGGAUCUAAUCUAAGGCAUUUACCUACGAAAACACGUUCGAGCCUGAAAUCUAAAGCUACAUCCAGAACAAACCUAACGUUUGCACUGAACUGGCUCCGGUUUGGACAUGAACUACUCUGCCUCCUAUUGUGCCCGCCCCUUGAGGGAAAUGAACCAAUCAGCACGCGGGAUACAUUUGAUUGACACCCCGCUGACUGAACGGAUUCCAAAGCAGAGCUCAAGCACUAGAAAGCGGCUCUCCUGAGACUUCCUCUUGAAAUUAGAAGCAACUGGUGUUUCUUUUUGCACAUGGCGUUGUUAUAGUUGUCACACAAUCAUGUAACGAGGGAAAUAUUGGAUUAUGAAUGGAAAUCCAGCGGUUAAUUCAAUCAUGGAGCUUCAAAACAUUUAAUAACGCGACUCUCUGGCUGCGUCCCAAACCGCAUCCUACCGCACUAAAUAGUAUGUAGUGUUAAUACUGGGUUUAUCCGUCUGUCCUCUUCGGCUUGUGGGGAAAAAAAUGGCCGCUAAAAGUGCAACGCAUUUUGUCGUGAUUUUUAAGCCUUUAUUUAGUUCUUUCUAAUCAAAAGCAGUUUUAUAUCGAUGUCUCCUUUGCCAUAAGAGAGACUCAUUUUUUUCUGUUGUAAUGCACUUGGGUUUGUUAUGUAGGUCAGGCCAGGCUUAAGCAGCUUUACUGAACCUGCGUCAGCUUAAGCUGAAAGGAAUUUGAGCAGAGCCCUCCCCUAUAGGCGUGGGCCUAAUCGAGGCUGGCCUAGUUAAGCCUGAUUUUUUUUUUUCCCCCCUCACGUUUCUUUGCGUGGAGUGUGUGUGGCUGUGUAACAGAACCAGCACAGAAACUCACACACGUGCAAGUGUUUGCAAGAGAAAGACAAACAGACAGAUAGUGCAAGGGCAAAAAAAGCCAGGGAGAAGAGACUAGUGGAAAGAGGUGAAGAAAACAAGCAGAGCUUAGAGCAACCAGGAUCAGCUUAGAACCAAGAUGUCUGCAUUGUUUAUGACAAGCAGCAUGGUGGGCAAGGCACGCUCUUCAAACUUUACUCUGUCUGAGAAACUGGACCUGCUGCGCCUGGUUCAGCCGCACAUCCGCAUUUUGGAGGAGCACACAAACAAGCAUGCCGUGAUUGUGGACAAGAACCGGUGCUGGGAGAGCAUAGCCGAGCGCUACAACAGCCUGGGAGGGGAGAGGCCGCCCCGGACGGCGCAGGGGCUCCGGACCCUGUACAAACGACUCAAAGAGAGUGCCAAACAAGAAGUGGUCCAGCGGAGCCACGCCCAGCCUGAGUAUCGGGGCAGCAUCUCAGAACCAACCAAACGGAUCAUGGAGAUGAUCCCACAUCUGUUUCACGCAGGGGACAAAGAGCACAACACGCUCCACAGGUUGCAAUACAAGAUGAACUCUCCAGUCGAGCAACCCGGCAGCAGUUCGUCUCUUCCUGCCAUGCCGGACUACACACCCGCGGCCAGAGCGGUGAGGGUGGAGUCAGAGGAUGUCAAACCUCCACCUGAUCUCCAAAUUGUAGUCCCGCACGAUUCACCUGUUACAUUAACAGCUCCACACAGUCAGGAACCCAUUGCACAGACCGAGAAUGAAGUGGAGGAGGAGGAAGAGGAGGAAGAACUAGUCUCGAACGUUUAUGCGGCCUCCCUCUCCCCUUGCCCCUCCUCUGUGCAUCUCCCUCCAUCACCUUCAGCACCCGCAUCCAGACGCAGCCUGUACGAGAGGGGCGGUGUUUUGUUUAGAAACCCUGCACUGGAGGCGGAGUCUUUGCAGAUGAUGCGAGAGGAGCAUGAGCUUUUACUGGCCAAUCACAGGAAGCUUGGACAAUAUCUAGAUGAGAAAAGAGAGGGGCUAAAAAGAAAGCAACAGUUGGAGGAGGAGCUCUUGAGGUCAAAGGUCAAAGUGGAGAAACUAAGGGCUGCGCGGCUACGCCAUGGACUUCCCCUAAUGUAAAAAAAACACACAAAAAAGUAGUGUAAAGACGGUAACACUGCUGGCAUGUACAGUUUUACAAAUGACUAUUUUAUUUGAUUUACUUUUUCUGUCUGUAGAAGAAGUAAAUAUUUUAACUAUCUGUGAAUAUGAGACAGACAUGAUUGUAUUUUGUUGCAAUAAUAAAGCAGUCGUUUUUGUAGUCAUGUUUAUUUUUAUUUUCCAAACUUGCUUUCUGAUUGGUUGAUACACUUUCAGAAUAUAUACAAGAACUGCUUCACAUUGAAUAGGACACACAAAAUCAGGUAAAUCUUGUGCAAAAUGACUCAUUUAUAGCUUAUUGAAGAUCAUGUUUCAGAUCCCCAUUCAAAACUUGCUGGCUUUAAAAAACAGACAAACUUAAUUUUUGUCACAUAUAACUUGAAUAACUUGAGGUUAUUUGAGGGGAGUUUAAUAUGUAUAAUAAAUACU